AUGGCAUUAACUGCUGACGAAGUGCUCAUAAAAAUCGGCAGCUUCGGCCGUUAUCAAUUUCGUCUGCUGAUCUUCGCCAACGUGCUCGGGUUUUUUUGGCUUGCAUGGCCGAUGCUUAUCAACACGUUCAUAACCGCUGAGCCCGGCUGGCGUUGCGUUGCAAACAGCACCGAGUGUCAGAUGGAUGGAAUUGUUUAUACUGAGGACGACAACUACAAUCUGAGGUGUAACAUGUCGAGAGCAGCCUGGGAAUUUGUUGGCGAAUAUACAUCAGUUGUCACACAGUUUGAUCUGGUGUGUGACAAAGCGAUCUAUGGAACUGUGUCUUCAUCUUUGCUCUUCCUUGGGUCUCUGACGGGCGCUGCCGCAGUCAGUACUUUAUCAGACAAAUUCGGCCGUAGAAUCAUCACGUUUACAACUGGAUUUCUUAUUUCACUAUUCAGUUUGCUGUCAGCUUUCUCAAACUCCUAUUGGCUAUUCACUCUUUUUCGCUUCAUUGUUGGAUUUAAUUUAGGUGGCAUAGUUGCUAUCUAUAUACUUAUCUCUGAAUUUGUGGGCGUUCGCCACAGAGCUAUGAUGGGAACCUCUCUUUGGUACUCUUGGACCAUUUCGUUGAUGUCCUUGGCGGGAAUUGCCUACCUCAUACCAGAUUGGAGAUCACUGUGCAUUGUCACAGGGGCACCAGCAAUCCCUCUUGCACUUGGCUUCUUGAUUACGCCAGAAUCUCUUCGCUGGCUGAUUGUAAAAGGGAAGACAAAGGAGGCUACGAAUCUCUGCUCAAGAAUUGCCCGCGUCAAUGGCAAGAACAUUUCAAUGGAGGAAAUCAAACUUGAAGAAAUACGCGAAGAGAGAAUGGGAGACAUCCGGGAUUUGUUUGUUUCACGCAAGAUGGCUAUUAAGACCGUGAUCACGUGGUAUUGUUGGUUUGCUAAUGCCAUGGUGUAUUAUGGUGUAUUCAUGAGCGCACCCUACAUUGGCGGCAGCAUGCACUUUAACUUCUUCUUAGCCAGUGUCACAGAGCUUCCAGCAAUUACGGCGGGCAUUUGGAUUUACAACAGAUUUGGACGCAAAAAGGGUGUUAUGAUUCCCAUGAUUCUUACCGCUAUCGGUGCUGCCGUCUCCGUCCUCUUGACAACAGAUGACGAAUCCAACAAGGGUUUCUUUGUCGGUAAAAUCAUCAUGUCGCUGGUCUGGGCCAAGUUUUGGAUAAUGAUAUCUUUCGAUGGUCUUUAUGUGUAUACAACGGAGCUUUUUCCAACAGCUAUUAGAAACAUUGCAUUGGGAACAUCAGAAGCUGCAGCUGGUAUUGGAUCAUUCAGUUCUUCGUACGUUAUAUACACGCAACGAAUCCAUCCAAUCUUUCCGUACGGGAUCAUGGGAUUGAACGCUCUUGUGGCAGCAUUACUCAGCAUGUAUCUGGACGAGACUCGUUACAAGCCCACAUUGGAGACCGUGGAAAGAUCUGAGAAGAAUUCUGAGAAAGAUGUCGAUCCGUCGCAAGCGGCCACAUUGCUGCCACAUAACCCUGACGUCUGAAUUCUAUUCAUUUUCACGCUAGAGAGCAAAUUUCAAUUGAGUGUCGAAAUUAAUCUGAGAUUGCAUUAGUUUUCUUUUACUUUGCUCUUUGAUUGGUCCAAAAAACUCACGCCACCACUCAACCAAUCAGAUGCAAGACUAAAACCAAUCACGACUUGAUGACCCCCGUUUUCCCGCGUCUUGGUCGGAUUGUUUGUUUUUACUUCGGCUUCUCAUUGGCUAUAAGAAGCAAUUUCCUUUCCUCUGCUUUGCCGUUGGGAUAACGUUGGUCUUGGUUGUGCGACACUCAAUCGAAAAGCCCUCUAACUAUUACUCGAAUGUAUGGCAGUCUUAAAAGUAAGCGAGAUAAUAACGUAACAACGGUUGAAAGAAAAUCCUAGAGGUACACGAGAUACUUACGUAACAAUCCAGUGAAAAAGAAUACUGAAAGUGCACGAGAUACCAACGUAACAAUCAUAUGAAACACUGGAGAAUUAUAAAGGUGCACGAGAUACUAACGUA